AAGUAGUUUGGAUUGACGCUGCAACGUCGGAGUCUGAACAAUUGCACUCGCUGCAUCGCCACAUAAGGUUUUCGGUUUUGUGUUUGCUGAUAAGGCGUGAAGUUUGAAAAGCGAAGAUGUCAAGUGAAUUAGAUGAAAGAGUCUUGGAUGAAUUGGAAGCCUUGCAGGCUAUACUGAUGGACGAGGUAACAGUGAAAACUAAUGAAAGUGGCAUGCCAGUAUCUGUUGAAACCGUUUUACUUCCUGCCACUGCUGAUGACACUCUUCAGCAGUAUGUCAGGAUAACACUAGUCGUGGAACUACCACCAGGAUAUCCAGAUACUGAACCAGUAGUGCAUCUGCGAAACCCAAGAGGUUUGGAUGACUCUGUGCUAAUGAAGAUUGAGGAAGAGACUAAAAAGAAAUGUGAAGAUUAUCGUGGACAACCUGUCAUUUAUGAGCUUAUUGAGCUAGUGAAGGAACAUCUGACAGCAAGCAAUCUUCCAUCUUGCCAGUGUGUUAUAUGCUUGUAUGGAUUUCGUGAGGGUGACCACUUUACAAAGACACAAUGCUUCCACUAUUUUCAUUCACACUGCCUGGCAUGUCUCGUGACAACUACCGAGAAAAAUUUUCAUGAAGAACAAGAGAAAUUACCAGCCUGGCAGAAGCAACAAAGCGGUACCUUUCAGGUGUUGUGCCCAGUGUGCCGAGAACCAAUCACAUAUGACAUGGACCUGCUUUCUUCUGCCCCACCUCCUAUGGAUGUAGAAAAUGCAAGGCAAUUUGAAUUGAGUGAUGAUCUUCGUAGCCUACAGCAGCAGAUGGCAUCACUAUUUAGUUAUCAGAAACAGCGAGGUGGAAUUAUUGAUCCAGAAGCUGAAGAAUCAAAACUUGUUUUGGUGACAGAAACACCAGAGAGUGAGGACACUGCUGGAUCCAGUAUACCACAACAACCACUCCCACGGUUAGCUCCUGUUGUGCCACCAGGGAGUAGGGAUUGGAGGAGGGGUCAGGGUAUGCGGAGCAGGGCUGCCUUUAGGGGACGCAGAGGCUCUUCACGUGGUAAACCACCUCAACAGGCUGCUACAUCUAGAUGACGUUGGCUGAUUAAAGGCAGCAGCAUAAAUAAAAUAAAUGGAAAAAGAAAAAGAGCACAUGGACAGCUUUAAAUGAUCACUUUUUCACACAGGAGUUCAGGAGAUAUAAGUUCCUUGUUGUUCUGUAUGUGUUUCUCCUGUAUUACAAUGCUGAGAUUAUUUAUAUGAGCUUAUUUUACACUGAUUUGUACAUAGAUGUAUUUAUGUUUCUUGUUUGUAUAGAAAAUUUGCAAUGUAGAACCCAAACUUCAAAUUUUUGUUCUUUGAAUAUGAGGCAGCUAAAUUAUUAUUAU